GUUUUUUUACACUUUGCGCCACGGUCACACUCGAAGCGAAUAUCGAAGAAAAUAUCGAAAACGAAACACAUCACGCGGGCGAGAUUUCGUGAAAUUCAGCAUUUACAAAUUUCUCUCUCUCCCUCUGUGGCGUAUGUGUGUUUGUACGAUAUAGCAGCCGAAAAACGAAAACCUAGGUGCGAGAGCGAGAGUACAUAUAAAAACGCGUGCGUUCCUCCUCUAACUUACCGUGAGUCGUAUUUGUGACCUGUGCCUGUGUUUGUGGCCACUGGAGGAUCGACGAUUUUACAAAAAAUACCGGCACAUCAAUACAAAAGUAUUAUAACCACGCAACAAAUUCAAUUUUAAGCAUUUUAACUAAAAUACAAAGGAAAUAAAUCAUGACUGAAGUUGAGCAACCGCCACAGAAUGGCAUAGAUCCCACUGCCGGCGAAGAUGAUGACAGCAGCAAAGCACGUCCCGCGGAUAUUGAACAGGAUAUGCGCGAAAUGGAACGUCGCAAGCGGGUCGAGGCCAUCAUGGGUUCGAAGUUGUUCCGCGAGGAGCUGGAGCGUAUCGUCGAUUCGGCCCGAGAUGGAGGAGCUGGCGCCAGUGGGAUUCUGCAGCAGCUGUCGGACAUUGUGGGCGUACCGGUGUCGCGGGUGGGCAGCGUCUUUAAGAGCAGCAACUGCAUGGUGCCCAUCAAUGACAUACGCGGCGUCGAGUCCAUGGGAUACGCCAAGGGCGAAAAGAUACUCCGGUGCAAGCUGGCCGCCACAUUCCGUCUGCUCGAUCUGUACGGCUGGACCCAGGGUCUGGGGGCACAGAUCACCGCCCGACUAAAGGUCGACCAGGAGUACUUCCUGGUUAAUCCUUACGGCCUGCUCUACCACGAGAUCACUGCCUCGGCGCUGAACAAGGUGGACAUGCAGGGCCAAAUUGUGGAGCAGGGCACCACCAACUUUGGGGGCAACAAGAGCCACUUUAUCCUCCACUCUGUGGUACACGCUGCCCGUCCAGACAUUCGAUGCGCCAUCUACAUCGGCUGCAGUCCGGUUGUGGCCAUUUCCUCGCUGAAAACCGGUCUGCUGCCGCUUACCAAGGAUGCCUGUGUGCUGGGCGAGAUCACCACUCACGCGUACACCGGCUUGUUCGACGAAGAGGAGCGCAAUCGUUUGGUGCGAAGCCUUGGUCCCAACUCCAAGGUGAUUCUGCUGGCCAACCACGGUGCUUUGUGCUGCGGCGAAACGAUCGAGGAAGCCUUCUUUGCAGCCUGCCACAUUGUGCAGGCGUGCGAGACCCAACUCAAGCUGUUGCCUGUUGGUUUGGAUAACUUGGUGCUGAUUCCGGAGGAGUCGCGCAAGGCCAUCUACGAGCAGUCGCGCCGGCCACCCGAGGAUCUGGAGAAGAAGUUUGCCGCCGUCGCGUCUGGCGAAGAUGGUGCUGGCGCUGCUGAGAAGGAAGCUGAAGCUGCCGUGCCCAAGGUGGGCAGUCCGCCCAAGUGGCGUGUUGGCGGUGCCGAAUUUGAGGCCUUGAUGCGUAUGUUAGAUAAUGCCGGCUAUCGCACUGGCUACAUCUACCGACAUCCGCUGAUCAAAUCGGAUCCUCCCAAGCCCAAGAACGAUGUGGAAUUACCACCAGCUGUGUCAUCUCUUGGCUAUCUUCUCGAGGAGGAGGAGCUCUUCCGUCAGGGGAUCUGGAAGAAGGGAGACCUGCGCAAGGGAGGCGACCGCAGCCGGUGGCUGAACUCGCCCAACGUUUACCAGAAGGUCGAGGUUUUGGAGACCGGCACUCCGGACCCCAAGAAGAUUACAAAGUGGGUGGCUGAGGGUUCACCCACCCACUCAACGCCAGUGAGGAUAGAAGAUCCACUGCAGUUUGUGCCAGCGGGAACAAAUACAAGAGAGUUCAAGCGAGUCCAGCAACUAAUUAAGGACAACCGCCGGGCCGAUAAGAUUUCCGCGGGACCUCAGUCGCAUAUUCUGGAGGGCGUAACAUGGGACGAGGCCAGCCGACUCAAGGAUGCAACGGUCUCGCAGGCCGGCGACCAUGUCGUCAUGAUGGGUGCCGCUUCCAAGGGAAUCAUCCAGCGUGGAUUCCAACACAAUGCCACGGUUUACAAGGCUCCAUAUGCCAAAAACCCAUUCGACAAUGUCACGGACGAUGAACUCAAUGAAUACAAGCGCACCGUGGAGCGCAAAAAGAAAUCGGUGCAUGGCGAAUAUACCGACACAGACUUCUCUGAAUCAGAAGCAGUCCUGCAGACAAAGAAAUACCCUCAAAGUGAACCAGAGACCGAGCACCAGGUCAUUGAGAUCCAGACACAACAGGCGCCGGUGCCAAGGCAGGCGGAAGUCGUUUUGAGCGAUGCACUUCUAUUACACUUGGCCCAAAAGUAUGCGUUUCUGUAUUCGCCCAGCCAAUACAUGUACGCCUGCAUGAAAAUGGGUCCAGUGGAGCAGAAGGUUUAUGUCAUACACAAGGUCGGAGCAGUCAGCAAACACAACUAUCCGCCAGUCCACGAUGGCAAUACGAGUAUGCAACAUAACGAGAGUGUUGCCGUAUUUAAAGGCAAUGAUACGGGCAUUGUCAGUAGCACCCCCAUUCGAACACCCAGGGGAACAGUUUCAUUGCCGGACGAGAGGAAUCAGUCCUGUUCGGGUCUUUCAUCAACCCAUCCCUAUCGCACCAUUUCCCACUUUGGCUUCAAUUGUCCACUGAUUACGUCGCCAACCAUUCUGCUGCAUCCGGAACACCGAUCCAUUUGGCAGACAGUGGCCGAGCAGCGCGAGAAGGUGGUGUCCUUCAUUGACCUGACGACCUUGAGCCUGGAUAACCGCAAGCUCUUAAAUGUGGUGACAGCCACACAGCCCACCCAACUUCAAUCCCAAUCAUUUGUCUCUGAGAAGCACAUUCAGCUGGAGGUUUCGCCUCCAAAGCGGAAGCAGAGGGUCUACAGCGGCACAACCAGCAGCGGCUUGGAUGACAGUCUAGAUGAGCUGGACUCCUUGAUGAGCGGCCUAGCCAUCUGUACGCCACGCAGGCGGGAGCAGGACAGCGCUCUGUACCGCAGCUACACCUUCUUACCCAACAAUCAUGCUUUCCCGGAGGAUACGGAUGCCAAUCACAGAGGGCAGACUGAUCGGGAGCGACCCGAAGCCGAGCAGGAGGAAGGUUUCCGUUGCACGGAAGACAGUGGCCUGGGCGAUUCGGCGCCCGGCCGUCGUCCACGACUGGCCACCACCAGCAAUGAUUCGUCCACUCAGGAGGCCGAGGCCUACUCCCAGGGCAAACACGUCAAGCUGACUCUGAGCAGCUCGCCUACACAAUCGCCAGCUACCAUCGAGAUCCUGAUUAAUGUGUCGCUGCGCAAUGCCGAGUGCGUCGAAACGGUCCAGACGCACGAGCAGGAGUUCCGUUCAAAGUUGGAGAGGGUGAUCGACGAAGAGAUUCAUUACAUAUCGCAGCACCUUGCCUAUAAGCACCGUCAAGCAGAGUUACUCCAGCAGCAGACGACACGAAGGGCUCCUCUGGCUACGCCCUCUGCCACAAGAAUGCCUCCGCCGCCACCGCCUUCUUCAUCGUCCUUGGUGCAGCGCAGCAACUCGGCGCCGGAGCUCUGCCACACAUAUAGCUAUGUCGCCGUUGGAAUGGCGGAUAUGUCGACCAAGCAGGAUCAAGCCUCGCCACAAUUGCCAGCGGAGGGUGAACCGUUAAAUGACUUACUCAGCAGUCUGGAGAAAGAACUGGAGCGUUUGCUGAACAGCGUGGUGGCAGCGCACAUGUUGCACAACAGGGCCAUCAUUCACGAGUGCCGAGCUCGCAUCUCGCAGUUGGCCGAGGGAUUGGCCACCUCUUAGAUGUAUAUUUACUUGGAGAAAUAAUGUACAUCUUCACUUUUGUUUAAAUGUUUAUGAACCCGGCAACAGUAAACAGAUUGUAUAACACACUUAAAUUAGUUUAGUAAGGAAAUUUGUGAAUCUAAAAGUAACUUUUGCAUUUUUACCUGUUCAAAAUGUUUAGAAAGUACGAAGACACUAUGGAAAAGCAAAUCGAACUGUUUAAAAACUGAAUCUAAACCAACCAUUGUACAAUUAAUCUUCUGUGAAAUUGUUAAGUUUAAUUUUGUCGAAUCUUAAUUUUUGUUUUAUAUUUUUAUAAUUUAAAUAUAAUAAACCUCGUUUUCAUUAUAAAA